AUGCUGUUGCUGAUCUGUCGCCAUGGAUUGGAAGAUUUCCAAAUGACAGGUCUGGAUGGCCUUUUGGGGUUGUCCCACCAGUACUUGGGGCUGGAGAUGGCACAGGGAACUGGGGCGGUGCAUGAUCCCAAGCUCUUGCCCGGCAAGAUGGACAAUGGAAGUUAUCUGCAGACCGGACCACGUCCAAUAGGCAUGCUGUAUGAUAGGAUCUACAGCAUGUCUGGCAACCAAUCAGACUAUCAGGUAGACGGCACUCCCAACAAACUAUAUUGUGAGGCUUCCCAGCAUCUGCAAUAA